AAAGACACCAAUACGACUAGCAUCCAAUCGAUGGUUUUCAUCUCACCAUCGAUCACACUCUAUCCUUCAGGCGCAGAGUUGCCUCAGAUUGGUUUUGGCACCUGGAAACACGUCGGUCCCCAGGCAACAGAAGCAGUCUACAGUGCUCUGAAAGUUGGAUACAGGCUCAUAGACUGUGCCGCAGAUUAUGCAAAUGAAGCUGCUUGCGGUGCAGGCCUCCGGAAGGCGAUUGACGAGAACAUAGUUUCGCGCUCCGAUGUCUGGGUUGUCUCCAAGCUCUGGAAUACCUUCCACCACAAACAGCAUGUACGAGAGGCCGUCUUGAAGUCAUUAAAAGACUGGGGCGUGGAAUAUUUUGAUCUCUAUUAUGUGCAUUUCCCUAUUUCCCUCGCUUACGUCUCCACAAAGGAGCGUUAUCCGCCUGGCUGGUUCUUCGAUGACAAGCAGACGCAAGUGAUCCAAGAUCCAGUCCCUCUAUACGAGACAUGGCGUGCUCUCGAAGAGCUUGUCGACGAAGGACUCAUUCGACACUUGGGCAUCUCGAAUAUGAGCAGCGUCAUAGUUACCGAUCUCUUGAGCUAUGCCAGAAUCAAGCCUGAGGUUCUCCAAGUUGAGAUUCAUCCGUACAAUGCUCAGCCCAAGCUUCUCGGUUACGCCCGCACCCAGAUGCUAGCAGUGACUGCUUAUUCCUCCUUCGGCCCUCUCGGCUUCCGGGCUCUCAACAUGCCCAAAGCCCUUGAUGCGCAGCCCUUGUUCACUCACCCCGUGAUAACUGAGAUAGCUGCCAACCACCAUGACCACAGCAAAGGCUUAAACGGCAAGGUGCACAAAUCCGCGACGCCUGCUCAGGUGAUCCUGAAGUGGGCGUUGCAGCGCGGCCUGGCCGUCAUACCGAAGAGCGAUGAUCGCCUUCGAAUGGAAGAGAACAUACGCGUUGGACUAGGCGUCGGCGGGACGGAGGGCGAAUCCUCCGAGGGAGGCUUCGUCCUGAGCAACGAGGAGAUGGAAAGGAUCAGCCGCUUGGACAUAGGGCUGAGGUUCAACGAUCCAUCUGAUGAUUUCGGAUGCUACAUCUUCUGUUGAGUGCCACGAUUGUGACGGUCUUAAGCUCUGCAUGCCGCUCCAGGGUAUGAUGAGGAGAACGUGUAAGACUAUGUGCUGCUGAACUAUGAUUACUGUAUUGUGCAUUAUAACCCCUAGUAUACAAGCUACCUGCUGCGCUGUCUUUGAUGACCAAUGGCUGGCAUGGAAAUACUAUGUUGAUUCUGUC